AGUCCGGUAGCUGUUGCUGGCGGCGUGUGGACCGCGGCGCUCUUUCCGAGCAUGACGGGAGUUGUAGUUGUGGGGGCCCCGGGGAGAACCUGGGUGACGCCUUCUGGUCCGGGGGCGGGCGGUCAUAGCGUUACUUGGCUGAAAGGAGGAGGAACUGGCAGCGGGGAGGAGGCUCUAGCGAGGCCUGAAAGGCUUCGUAACCAGGCAGGAGUAGGGGUUGGGGUUCGGGGUUGGGGGACAGCCAGGGAUCGCGUCUGAUAUGCUGUUGGGGUCGUGACCGCCUGGGGGCCGAGGCAGGCACUGGCCAGACCCAGCCAGGGAUCGUCGUCUUCGUCGAGCCUAAUUUCCAGCAGCCGGGUAGGCCUCACCAGAGGCUCCUUUCCGUGAGGCCGCCCCCAAUUCCUGCCCCUAUUCCCUGCCUGGGAGAUGGCUUCCCCGAGCCCCCCGCCGGAGUCAAAGGAGGAGUGGGAUUAUCUGGACCCAGCUCAGAGAAGCCUGUAUAAAGAUGUCAUGAUGGAGAAUUAUGGAAACCUGGUCUCACUGGGUCUCACUCUAUUGCCUAGGCUGGUGUGCAGCAACGCAAACACGGCUUGCUGCAGCCUCAGCCUGUUGGGCUUAAGUGAUCAAUCCUCCCACCUCAGCUACCUGAGUAGCUGGGACUACAGAUGUUUUGAACAGAGAUAAGGAUGAGGAGCCAACUGUAAAACAAGAGAUUGAAGAAAUUGAGGAAGAAGUGGAACCACAGGGUGUAAUAGUUACAAGAAUCAAAAGUGAAAUUGACCAGGAUCCUAUGGGUAGAGAAACCUUUGAACUUGUUGGUAGGUUAGAUAAACAAAGAGGGAUCUUCCUAUGGGAAAUACCAAGGGAAUCUUUGACCCAGGAACAGAGAAUGUUCAGAGAAAACACUAACAUUAUCCGUAAAAGACCAAACUCAGAAGAGAAAUGCCAUAAAUGUGAAGAAUGUGGAAAGGGUUUUGUCCGCAAGGCCCAUUUCAUUCAACAUCAAAGGGUCCAUACUGGUGAGAAACCUUUUCAGUGCAAUGAAUGUGGGAAAAGUUUUAGUCGCAGUUCAUUUGUUAUUGAACAUCAGAGAAUUCACACUGGGGAAAGGCCCUAUGAGUGUAAUUACUGUGGAAAAACCUUUAGUGUGAGCUCAACCCUUAUUAGACAUCAGAGAAUCCACACUGGAGAAAGACCCUAUCAGUGUAAUCAGUGUAAACAGAGCUUCAGCCAGAGAAGGAGCCUUGUUAAACAUCAAAGGAUUCAUACAGGUGAGAAACCCCAUAAAUGUAGUGACUGUGGGAAAGCCUUCAGUUGGAAAUCACACCUUAUUGAGCAUCAAAGAACUCACACUGGUGAGAAACCUUAUCACUGUACCAAAUGUAAGAAGAGCUUUAGUCGAAAUUCAUUGCUUGUUGAGCAUCAAAGAAUUCACACUGGGGAAAGACCCCAUAAAUGUGGUGAAUGUGGGAAAGCCUUUCGAUUAAGCACAUACCUUAUACAACACCAAAAAAUUCACACUGGCGAGAAGCCUUUUCUUUGUAUUGAGUGUGGAAAAAGUUUCAGUCGGAGCUCAUUCCUUAUUGAACAUCAGAGGAUCCAUACUGGUGAAAGACCUUAUCAGUGCAAAGAGUGUGGGAAAAGUUUCAGUCAACUUUGCAACCUUACUCGUCAUCAGAGAAUUCACACAGGAGACAAGCCCCAUAAAUGUGAGGAAUGUGGAAAAGCCUUUAGUAGAAGCUCAGGUCUUAUUCAGCAUCAGAGAAUUCACACCAGGGAGAAGACUUAUCCAUACAAUGAAACUAAGGAAAGUUUUGAUCCAAAUUGCAGUCUUGUUAUACAGCAGGAAGUCUACCCUAAGGAGAAGUCUUAUAAAUGUGAUGAAUGCGGGAAAACUUUUAGUGUUAGUGCUCAUCUUGUACAACAUCAAAGAAUUCACACUGGUGAAAAGCCCUAUCUAUGUACUGUCUGUGGGAAAAGCUUCAGCCGGAGCUCAUUUCUUAUUGAACAUCAGAGGAUCCACACUGGUGAGAGACCCUAUUUGUGCAGACAGUGUGGAAAAAGCUUUAGUCAGCUUUGUAAUCUUAUUCGACAUCAGGGUGUUCAUACAGGUAAUAAACCCCAUAAAUGUGAUGAAUGUGGAAAGGCCUUUAGCCGGAACUCGGGUCUUAUUCAGCAUCAGAGAAUACACACAGGAGAGAAACCUUAUAAGUGUGAGAAGUGCGACAAAAGUUUCAGUCAACAGCGCAGUCUUGUCAACCAUCAGAAGAUCCAUGCAGAGGUGAAAACCCAAGAAACCCAUGAAUGUGACGCUUGUGGUGAAGCCUUUAAUUGCCGCAUUUCUCUUAUUCAGCAUCAGAAAUUGCACACAGCAUGGAUGCAAUAAAUGUAGAGCAAUACAUAAGCUCAAUUUGAUUUGAGACUAGUACCCAAGUGCAGUUUUAGUAUGGCUCGACAUGGGUCAGAUUUAGUGAUAAAGCAAAUUCUCCUUGGCCUCAGGCAAAUAGUUUCUAAAGAUUCUGUGAGUAGUGGACAACUGCCCAUGAGCAUCUGACUUCCCUUACUCUUUGAUGAUCAUAGAGAAAGACUUGGUAAUUUAUCUAAGUAUCUUUAAUAAAUCUUUCGGCAGAGAGAUUAAACCUAGGUUCAGAGCAUGGGUGCUCUGAGGGACAAAGUUGGAUUAGUAUAAGGGAGCUGGAGCAGCCAAUAGUGGAAAACUGAGAAUAAUGAUUCAAAGAGUCUUCUGUCACCAUGUCAUAUUGUGGUUCUUUCAGUUCCACGAUAUGUUUGGCUCUGCAUGCCAAAGUCCAGUGAUUAAGCAUAUAUAAGUUGUCAAGGAAACAAAGCCCAAAUGUUUUUAAAACAAGUAUACAGUUUUUGUCAUUGUUUAAGGAAGCCAGUUGUUUGGCAUGUGAGUUAAAGGCAGUUCCAAUGCCUGAUGGUUCCCAGAUCUAUGAAAUGAGUGGACCAUUAACCUUACAUGUAAAGAUUAUGUUAGUAAUCAAGAAACCUAACAAAGGUGUUACCAAGGAACCUUUGGGAGUGCCUUUUUUGUUUUUCAAGAUGGACCCAAAAAAGUGGAGGAAGAUAUUGUUCUUUUGUGCCCUCCUACCUGUGAGAGAUAUUUGUAGUCCUAUGUGAAUGAGCUUAUCCCUCCACAACCAGGUGCAUAUACAAGUGUACAUAUUUUGACUGCCAAGAAUUGGAAAUGAAAAGACCUGGAGUCUAUGCUAGGAAGCUGAGAUAUUUUGGUAUUGCAUUGGUUUUUAUGGUAACUAGGUUUUGCAUGCAAUUAAAAAUCCUUAUUUCUUGUUCUAGGGCUUCCCUUAGUUAAUGGUUAUUAUAAACCUAUUAAUUCAUCUGUUUUAACCAUUAAAACCUGUUUUGUUUUUC